AUGUCUUGGAAUUGUGAAGCCGUUGAGCAUUCCGAUGGUGUUGGUGUGGAGCCUGUGGCCACGUUCGAGAACCUGGACGGCCGAGAAGACCUUAACCGGCGCAACUUCACCGACCAGGAGAUGGUGUACGCUAACAGCGCAGCUCUGUGGGACGCUGGCCGCAAGGAGACUGUGGUCACGGCCACUUCGAACUUUUCGCCGACCGAGCCGAACCGGUGGAAGAGCUGCGCUCCGCGAGAUUGGGACCUUCAUCACUGCAACGAUCGCUCCAUCCGUGCUGAUGCCAUUGUACCUUCUUCACGUGUUCAACCGCUUGGGCUAGUCGAAGCUGAGUGUGUGCAUUAA